UUUCAAAAAGAUUGUGUCAGUGAUCCUACGCUGCUCCAGCCAUGCAAAUUUUAAGCAUAGUUUGUCUUUUUUUCUACUUGGGAGGAAGUUGGGGUCAGGAGCAAGUGUAUGUUGUCUCAGCCCCGAAAGUAUUCUAUCUUGGAACGUCUGAAAAUGUAGUAAUUCAGGCUCAUGGAUACUCAGAAUCAUUUUCUGUGAUUAUUGCUAUUAAAAGUUAUCCUGACAAAAGUUUUACAUAUUCUUUUGACCAAGUUGAUUUAUCUCCAGAGAAUGAAUUUCAAAACUCUGCAAACUUAACUAUACAACCAAAAGAUUUAUCUGGAGGGCCAAAUACAGCUUCACAUGUAUAUUUAGAAGUUAUAUCAAUGCAUUUUUUAAAAGAAACAAAAAUUCCCCUGCGCUAUGACAAUGGAUUUCUUUUUAUUCAGACGGACAGAUCUGUUUACAAUUUGGACCAAUCAGUGAAAGUUAGAGUUUACUCAUUGGAUAAAGACCUAAAACCAUUUCCAAGAGAAGUUACUUUGACAUUUAUUAAUCCAGAAGGGUCAGAAGUUGUCACCGUAGAAGGAAAAAGUCAUACUGGGAUUGUCACUUUUCCUGACUUCAAGAUCCUAUCUAAUCCUAAUUACGGCGUUUGGACAAUUAAAGCUAAAUAUAAGGAGGACUUUACAACAACAGGGACCACAUCUUUUGAAGUUAAAUCAUCUGGGGGCAGAUUCUUCACAAAAACCAAAAAAGAUGAAGUGAAACAUGGUCUGCCUUCCUACACACUGGAUUUGGUUGCUACUCCUUGUUCUUUGAAGCCUGGAAUUCCAUAUUUUAUCAAGGUGCAGGUAAAGGAUAACUUUGCCCGUUUUGUAGGAGGGACUCCAGUAAUCCUGAAAGCAAAAAUGAUAGAUAAAACUCAGAAUAAAAGAGAUCUGGAUCCAAGGACGAGUACAACAAAUCACGGUGGCAUAGCUUCGUUUAUGCUCGAUAUUCCCACUGAUGUGACAGCUCUGGAGUUUCACGUUAGAACGGAUAUUCCAUACUUUCCUGAAAACUAUCAGGCCAGCAUUGACCAUCAAGCAGUGACCUACUCAUCACCCAGCGAAAGUUUCCUUUCCCUUGGCUGGACAGGUAGUUACAGGAGUUUGCUUGUGGGGGAACAUCUGAGCAUAACUGUUACCCCUAAAAGUCCAUAUAUCGACAAAAUUACACACUACAAUUAUUUGAUUUCAUCUAAGGGGAAAAUUGUGCACUUUGGCACAGAGAAGAGAAUCCCAGCAUCAUCUUCCCAAAUUUUAAACCUUUCUGUGACACAAUACAUGGUUCCUACAGCAUAUCUCUUGGUCUAUUACAUCAUCACAGGAGAGUCAACAACAGAGUUAGUGUCUGACUCAGUCUGCCUAAAUAUUGAAGAAAAGUGUGGGAACCAGCUCCAAAUCUAUCUGUCUCCAAGUAAAAAUGAAUAUUUUCCAGACGAAGCUAUAUCACUUAUUAUGGAAACUCAUUCAGAGUUGUGGGUAGCAUUAACAGUAUCAGAAAAUGUUGCAUAUGGCACCCAAGAAAGAAUCAAAAGUCCUAUGGAAAGAGUUUUUGGAGAUUCAGGGAAAAGUGACCAGGGCUGUGGAGUGAGUGGCGGCAGAGACAAUGCCAAGGUGUUCGACGCAGCAGGACUCACUGUCCUCACCAAUGCAGCUGCAGCUGACUCCCAACAGAAUGAUGGAUUAUAUAAGAAUAUUCACAGAUCCAGAAGAUCCAUAAAAGAGGAAAUAGACCAGCUAGCGUCCCAGUUCAGACACCCUGUCGUCCAGAAGUGUUGUUACGAUGGAGCCCGCGAAAGCGAGGAGAGCUGUGGGGAGAGAGCAGAGCGGGUUACUGUUGGCCCCAGGUGCCUCACAGCUUUCCUUCAGUGCUGCAGCCGGGCGAGCGAGUUGCGGAACGACUCUACUUACAAGGUACCGAUAUUGGGAAGAGCACCAGCUCCUGGAGAAAUCCCCAUAUUUGCAGCCCGAGAUCGAACUGCAAUUGAUUUAGAAAACUGGUUGUGGGAAGUACACCAUGUUCCUAAAAGGAAUCAGCUGGAGUUGGUGCUACCUGAUCUCACAACCACCUGGGAAAUUCAAGGGGUUGGUAUUUCAGAUAAAGGUCUAUGUGUAGCUGAUGUGCUGAAUGUGGAGGUUUAUCAAGAGCACUUCUCAGUCAUAAGCAACGAUAGUACAAGACGAUUAAAAGGAGCAUUUUCUAACAUCAAAACCCUAGGAAUCUAAAACCCUUAACUCAGAAACGCUGGUAGGUGUUUCAGCAACCUUGUGGAACCAUGACCUUCUAGGAACGCAACCUUCUAGGCACCAGGAUAGUGGAAAAAAAAAAAUUAGUCCCUGCCCAAUGACAUGUUGAAGCUCCGUUCCAGUUCUUGACUGCUCACUACUGGAUUUCUUUUAUGUGAGAGGGAAAUAAAUGCUUGUUUCAUUUAAGUAA